UUGAAUUUUCUGCAAAUUCUAUUAGUUUCCGGGAUAAUUUAGCAUCGAAAGUGACAAUUAAAAAACAAAAAAAAUACAUAUUAUUUAAAAAAUGAAGUCCAGCAUUAUUUUAGGAUAUUUUACCUGCAUCCUGAUGAGUGUUGCCAUAAGUAAUGCUCAGCAAGAAGUCAGCUCUGUAAAUUCUCCUACCUACAACUGCUAUAAUAUAUUAAAUGCCAAUAUUGACAGUUUGUUGGGAGUCUAUAAGACAUAUGCAAGUACGUGCGUGACUAAUGCAAAUGCCAAGAGAGGCUCCAUUAUUGGAGGUACUGGAAACCUACGCAGCCAAUUAGAGACCAUUAUAGCAAGUGUUGCUAAAUACUUUAACGAAUGUGCCCUACAAAAAGGAGCCUACUUCUACACUUGCUUGGCUGGACAUUUUGAUGCUAAUUUAGAUAAACUAAUUAAACUCAGAGACAUGGCUUUGAACGCUAUAAAUACUAAUAAUUUUGAUGAGACAGUUUCAACGACUGAUAUCGAUGAAGAAGAACGAAAAUGUAUCGCAGAUGCUGUGGACUAUUAUAAAAGUGAAAGUAACAGGCAAAAUCAACUUUUUACCGAAUGUAUUACUACAGGUUUUAAGUAUUGAAGAUACAAUAUUUUCAAAAAUGUCCAUAUAAACCAAGAUAGAUAUGAGUGUACCUAUGUAUAAUUUAUUAUUGCACAGUAAUAAAUAAAAUUACAAUGUAAA